AGCAAUUGGGCUACGGAUUGUGUUAGGGAACCUCAGGCUAUUGGUCAGCCUUUACUUACUCCAAUUAGCCGUCCAACUAAUCCCCCCCCAUGGCAACCCUGGCACUUAUACCAUAAAUGAAAGGGAAGAUUAUUUGUAUCCAUGCAGACAUUCAAGACAAUGACCACGUUUGAAGCAUUUGGUGCCGGCUAACUAUCACAUCAAUGGCAGUGACAGAGUGCGAAUGGGCAUCUUUGGGCUCUCGUAUAGGGCUGCGAGCUGCGCUGGUGCUACUGUCUGGUUCGCUUCUGGUGGUUCUGUUUCCUUUGAGUGGACUGGAGCAUCAGUACAGAACUGCCUUGAACAUAUUGCUGCAGUGUAACCUGUGGGGUGGUGAUGAUCGGCACACAUUCACUGGCCAGACAAGGGGUCUAGCUGUCGCGUCAACCGCAAUUGAACUUCUUGUGCUGAAACAGAAACCUACAUCAGAUGUCAAGUUUGAAGCCAAGGCUGCUCUAAACCAAGCUUUGGAAAUGAAACGCCAGGGGAAGAAGGAAAAAGCCCAUAAGCUUCUUCAUCAUGCCUUAAAGAUGGAUCCAGAUCAUGUGGAUGCCUUAAAUGAGCUUGGCAUCCUACUGGAAGAAGAAAAGGACAUCAUUCAAGCUGACUAUUUAUAUUCUAAAGCUUUGACGAUAUCCCCACAUAAUGAAAAGGCUUUGAUAAACCGAGACCGCACACUGCCCCUUGUUGAAGAAAUUGACCAGAGGUACUUCAGUUUAAUCGACAGCAAAGUUAAGAAAUUGAUGUCAAUCCCUAAAGGCAAUCCUGCUCUCCGCAGGGUUAUGGAAGAGUCUUAUUACCAUCACAUCUAUCACACAGUAGCUAUAGAAGGAAACACCCUCUCACUUUCAGAGAUCCGACACAUCAUUGAAACACGUUACGCUGUGCCAGGAAAGAGCCUUGAAGAGCAGAAUGAGGUCAUAGGUAUGCAUGCUGCCAUGAAAUACGUCAACGCAACUUUGGUUUCCAGAAUAGGAUCGGUGACCAUUGACAACAUCUUAGAAAUACAUCGGCGGAUUUUGGGCUAUGUGGAUCCUGUAGAAGCUGGCCGUUUUCGGCGUAACCAAGUUUUUGUUGGUCACCAUAUUCCACCCCAUCCUAGAGAUGUAGAGAAGCUCAUGCAGGAAUUUGUGCAGUGGCUAAACUCUGAAGAAGCAAUGAGCCUACAUCCUGUGGAGUUUGCAGCUCUAGCCCAUUAUAAACUAGUGUACAUACAUCCUUUUGUAGAUGGCAAUGGUAGGACGUCUCGCUUGCUUAUGAACCUUAUUUUGAUGCAAGCAGGAUACCCACCAAUUACUGUAAGGAAAGAACAGAGGUCAGAGUAUUACCAUGUUUUAGAAAUAGCCAAUGAAGGGGAUGUGAGGCCUUUCAUAAGGUUUAUUGCCAAAUGCACUGAGAGCACCUUAGAUCUUUUAUUGAUUGCUACAGCAGAGCAUCCUGUGGGUCUUCCAGAGCCCAAUCAUGGCUUUUCAGAGUGCAAACAAACUAUUACAAUUAAGACUUGACGUUCACAAUACUCCUUUGCCCCUCAUGCCUUAAAUAUUAAUGUGACAUACCCUAUUUAUGAGUAGAAUUUACAUCUUAUUUAUUUUCCUGAAGAUACAUUUAACUGUUUAACUUCCCUUUGUUUUUGUGUGAGAGGUGUGUGUGUGUGUGUAUAUGUAUAUAUAUAUAUAUAUAUAUAUAUAUAUAUAUAUAUAUAUAUAUAUAUAUAUAUAUAUAUAUACAUAAAUAUAUAUAUAUAUAUAUAUAUACAUAAAUACACACACUCUCUAAAGGUAUUUUUAGGUUUAUACCUUGCCUUUAAAAGCCAGUCUUUCUUUCCUCAGUUACAGUUAUCUAGUCUCAGAAGAAACCCAUCUUUCCUAAACAGACAAUCCAUUUAUUGCCCUAUUCAUGCAGUUCCGUAAACUAAAUGCAGUGCAAUUACCUAAUAUUAAAAAACAAUAGUAAAUAGUAGUAUGAGGUUGCAUUUAAGAAGUGAUCACUGGAUCAGUGCAGCCUGGACCAACACCUAAUGUACAAGUACAAUCAAAUUCAAAAAUAGUCUGAAAAAUGCCUGAGCUAGGGCAAGAGAUUUGAAAGCUGUCACUCAUGCAUGCAUGUAAAUAAGGUAUUGGAUUUAUUAAAAGUUAUGCCCUCAUGCAGUUGUAUCUAAGGGAAAAUAAAUGGAGGGAAACCCCUAUUUACUGGGUAUUUUUAGUUCUUAGGUUUGAUUCUGAUCAUACUAGUCAGUCCAGCUAGCCACAGCACAGUUGUAGCAAUGCAGUCUUUGGGAAUGGGAUAAUCUAUCACACCAUGCAAAUAUGUGUCUAAUAAAGUGUAUGGAGUCACAGCUUACCACCCUGGUGUUUCAGUAACAACUGUUGAGCAGACAGCAUUAUAUCUGUUCUGUAUGAAGUUGCAUGGUAUUGUGUGUGAUUUCCAAGUAAGGAUACAUUUGACCCCAUUACUUGUCCUCCUGCAUAGACACAUAAAUUGCACCCAAAAGCAUUACUAUCAAAUUUUCAGGAUCAGAUUGCAGCCUGUAGUAUGAAGAAGACCUAAGACAUAAAAAACCGUGUUGCACAUGGCUUUAUUUGCCACAUUAUCUUAAUUUAUUUGCCCAUAUUAUGCUGCUAGAUAGACUGUAUUUAAUUACUUAAAAGAUUUUGUUUAUGGGUUCCAGGUGAUUCAGCGUGGAAUCACAAGUUAAUGAAUUGCAUUUAGGCCCAGACUGGCAAUAUGUGGGUUCUGGCAAAUGCCAGAGGGGCUGCUGUAAGGUGCCAUAGACAAUCACUAUUAGUGGGCUGGUGGGGGUUGUUUGGGCCUCUUUGUGGCAGAAAUGCCAGGGUCUGUUUUGAAUCACAGUCCAGACUUGAUUGCAUUAAUAAACGAUGUGAUGCAGUUAUGAUA